CGGAGAUCCACCCGAAUGUAACCGUCCGUAAGCGGUAUAACGCCGAAGUCGGUGGUGGAAGUAUACCCAAUCCUUUCUUCACCUUGACUCAGCCUGAAGAGAACUUUGAUAUUCCAGAAUAUAUCCUCUGAAGUGCCUCUCCCACUUGGUGUCUGGUUUACCAAUACAUCCGUUUCUUUCUCUCCUUGCUCGCCUCCUCUAAGCGAGCCACCGUCCACAAUGUCGCAGUCAGAAACAACACAUUCGACCAUCUCCCAAAGGGCACAGAGCGCCCUAGUAGCAGGCUCAAAGAACCUGAUGUGGGACGUGGUGAACGACCUAUGGUGUGAAAAGACGAACCCGAAUGGAUACGUGAAUGUCGGCGUUGCGGAGAAUGUUCUGAUGCACGAUCACUUGUUGAGUUUCCUCAACCGGCAACUCGACUUGCCUGCUAAGCUACUCACGUAUAAUGAUGGUCCUACUGGGUCAGCAAGAGUAAAACGUGCUGUGUCCGCAUUUAUCAACCGGCACUUUCGCCCCUUGCAUGCGGUGGAGCCCAGUCAUCUGUUCAUUACCAACGGUGUUUCGUCGGCAAUCGAGCACAUGUCUUGGGCUAUAACGGAACCUGGCGAGGGAAUCCUCCUGGGAAGACCGUACUAUGGGACAUUUAUACCGGAUAUUUCACUGCGACCUGGGGCAACGGUUGUCCCUGUGAGCUUCGAUGACUGUGAUCCGUUCAGUUUGGAGGCCGUCCAGAAGUAUGAACAAGCACUGUUGAGUUUUCAGGAGACGACAGGACGGAAGGUAAAGGGACUGGCACUCUGCCAUCCUCAUAAUCCACUGGGACGAUGCUACCCUAGAUACGUGCUUGUGAAGUUGAUGGAACUCUGCCAGAAAUACCAGAUGCACUUCAUUAGUGACGAAAUAUAUGCGUUGUCCGUGUGGAAGAAUACCAUCGACGAGAGUCCGAAGCCUGUCGACUUCGAAUCCGCCCUUUCACUCGAUCUGACAGGCAUUAUUAAUCCCCAGCUCGUUCAUAUACUAUGGGGCGUGAGCAAGGACUUUGGUGCGAAUGGUCUCCGACUGGGCGUAAUCAUCUCACAAGCCAAUCGUGAUAUGCUAAUGGCAUUAAGAAACGUUGGCCUAUAUUCUUAUGUAUCGGGGGUCUCGGAGCAUCUGGUAUCUCUCCUGCUCGAAGACGUCGAUUUCACAGAUGAAUACAUUCGGUUGAACCGCGAGAAGCUUUCGGAGAAUUAUUCUUUCGUUGUGAAGCAGCUCAAGAGCAACGGGAUCGAGUAUUCAACUGGAGCCAAUGCUGCAUUCUUUAUUUGGAUGAAUCUGGGGAAGAAGUACCGCGAACUCCACCCUGAGGUCAAGGGCGAUGAGGAUGUUAGCGAAACGGUCAUGGAACUGUUAUUGCAGAAGAAAGUCUUCUUAGCUAGCGGCUCUUUGUUCGGCUCGGAGCAUGGCGGAUGGUAUAGAAUAGUCUUCUCACAGCCCCAAGAGUAUCUGAGCGAGGCUGUGCGAAGAAUUAUGGCCGCGCUAGAGGCCUAAGGUGGACUCAUAACGGCGGCAUUACCGACCACAGCAACAUGCCUCUUAACUCAAUACCGAUUCGUCAGAAAAGAGCCGAAGUUGCUGAUCUAGAAAAUAGACGAAAGAGGCUACAGAAAACCCGCCAACUCCCUCUUGCAGGUAUGAUCCUAUACUUCGGAGGAGACAAAUACCAGAGUAUAAGUUAGAGGCCUUGGAUGCAAUAGACAUUCGCAGAAAC